AUGUCGAACGGCGAAUUUUUCAGCCACGCUCGGCUGAUAAUCGGGGCACACUGGAAGCGGCGCCGCUCAGAUUGGUUCAUGCAGUUGUUCCCGGCCGCGACGAUAUGGCUCGUCUGGAUAGCCGGGCACCACUAUCACACCAAUUACACGUCGCCCCUGAGGUCCGAUCGGUUCGAGCUGCGCGACGAGUCGCUCAACGUCUCGGCGCUGAGGCCGUUGGAGCUCGAAGGCGAGCAGCACGCCGUCUACUACGCGCCCAAUAACGACUUCACCGACAGGCUCAUGCGGAGCUUUCGCGACGAGUGCUUUCCGCGGAAAGACGAUGGCGACUCGUCGCGCCACUCGAACCUCAGCGUCAGCGUCAAGGGCUUCGCCAGCGAGACGGAGCUGCUCAAGGCCUAUCGCGGAAUCGAGCUUCUGGGAUUGCGGGACCCGAAGCGGCCCACUAGUUACGUGGGCGUGAUCUUCGCCGCCGACGUCGGCGAGGCCAGCAAGACUCUGCACUACAAGAUACAGUCGGAGAAACUCACCUACGAUCGUUUGUUUUACGAGCAGACGGACUGGGACUCGUCGUCCGGCGACGAUUACCUCACCAGGACCAAUCGGAUACUCUCGACCCAGACCUGCCUCGACGCGUCGUUCAUCAAAUUGAGGACGAGCAACGGCUCGGCGAGGCCGAAUUAUAACAUUACCCUGAAGAGAUUGAACCUUCCGAACGAGAGGGAUUUUUCGAGAACAGAUGACGCGUAUUUGUCAUACGUGAGCGAGUUAGGACCAACAAAUGCGCUUAUUUUGAGCCACUUGGUGUUAGUAUUAGUGUAUGAAAUCGCAUCUCUCAAUUACGAGGAUAAAGGCGGCAUUGAUAACUUCAUUGACUCCACUGGAGUAUCCAGAAUAAUGUAUUAUUUCACUUCGCACAUAUUUUCAAUCGUUUACUUGAUGACUUUCGUGAUUAUUUUUGGAGCUACAGUAACUGGUAAUACGUUUGUCUAUGCUGGAUCGUUUUUUAUCCAGAGCGACACAUCUUUGCUGAUUGUGUUAUUUACGAUGUUUGUUACUCAUAACAUGAUACUGAUUUUCAAUCUAUUCUUCAUAACGAGAAAUAGGUUUUGGAUAUGGAUAAGUUAUUUCGCCUAUUCAGAUGGUAUAAUGCUCCUCCAACUCGUGCCACUGCAAAAAUACGUCUGCUUUUCGACAUUUGUUGCUCUGGGAAUGUUUUUGCCCUCUACCUGGUAUCUUGAAUUACUAAGAACGGCUGAGUACAUGGAAAUGAAUGCAGAGGGCUUGCGAUGGAGAGAUGUGCUGAAUUUUUCGGACACUCCACAAAUAGCUGUGAGUUUUGCCAUGUUCAUUGUGACGUACUUCAUUUUUGUGGCAUUACUUUGGCUAAAACCGCAAAGAAAACAAAAAUUGAAAGUAAAAAUUAGUGGCAAACCAAAAGUAAUAAAUCCUAAUAUCCAGGCACCUUCCCUUAAAAGUAACCCAGUUAUAGAAUUAAAGAAUGUCAAUAUUUUUAAGGAUGAUGCGAACUUAAAAAACAUCAGCAUGGAAUUUUAUGAAGAAGAAAUAACAAGUGUUGUAGAAUGCAAUGGCCAUAGCAAUCACACUUUAUUAAGAGCUUUAUCAGAACCGCUAUUAGCUGAAAUGUCCAUAAAAAUACCGAAACAUAAAACUGGAAUUUUUACUGGCGUGGAUGGCUUUUUAUCACGUAUUACAAUUCGUGAUAAUCUAAGAUUCAUGGCACAGUUCCGAUGUAAAAGAAGAAGUGAUUAUGAUAUUGAACAGGAAAUAAAUGACAUCGCAGAGACAUUUAAUUUGUCACAUGAACUUGACUCGUACUUUUAUUAUCUUAGUAAAGGACAGUUGAGACGGUUAAGCCUUGCUAUGGCUAUGGUGGGAGACACCGAUCUCGUUUUAUUAAAUAAUCCAACGAAAGGUUUAGAUAAAGAUGAUGUAUGCAUUAUUUGGUAUGCUCUCAAGAAACUUAAAAACUAUAAAAAAGCAAUUAUCGUAAGCACUGACAGUAUGUUGGAGGCGGAAGUCAUAAGCGAUCGAAUAGCAGUCUUGACAAGCGGACAACUCGAGUGCUACGGAACUCCAAAAUACUUGAAGGAACGUUACGCACCGGGGGCGUGUUUCGGUCACGCGGCUCGCAAAUGGAAGGACAGCGACGACACACACGCAAAGGCCGACUAUUUGAGAAAUCUCAAUAAAACCGCAAUUGUCGCUGGUGAACCUGCACUCAAAGACCUUUUCUCGGACGUACAUGAACCGAUUCAAGUCCAGCAGCUCGCAUCACCCUUGGCCAGAUACAAUAAAUUAUUCCGAAAGAAGCGAUGCGAAUCGAUGGAAAAUGUGCGUCGUUACAUCUUGAACAAACACCUCUUCAGACGUUUAUCAUUAUUUUGGAAGUCAACGAUAUUCGGAUUGUUGUUACUUGGCGCGGCGAAAUAUAAUUCAAUGUUAAAUAUGCCAGUUAUCGACGUACCCGAGACCAUUGGAAUAUCUCCGAAUAUGUAUAGAAACGCAGAAACCUACGUCUCCGCUUUUAAUGAAAGCUUGGAAAAUAAUUACGGUUCGUCGGGUCAUUGGAAUACGGUAAAACUAACUGGAGGCAAUCUUACAAAUGCGCUGUAUGAGAGGGCAAAGAACCAAUUGGCGACAUUCGGCACGCGUCUGGUGGCAGCCGCCGAGUUCGGCCAGUCGGCGAACGGCACCAUCGUCGGCAGCGCCAUAUUCACAUCGAAGGCCGUGUACAGCUUGCCGAUCUCGUUGAAUCUCGCCAACAACGCCUUGCUCAAGUACAUGACCGAUUUCGAGCACGAAAUUCGCGUGCACCUGCAACGCAUACCCAGCAUCAACUCGCUCUUCAACUCCACAGUAUACGAUCGAUGGGUGGCCUUAGCUUGGGCUCUCUCUUACCUCAUCUGGCUCACACUACUGGCGCGAAACUUUUUGCACCUGCCACUGGAGGAGAACGUAAAAGAAAUGAAGCAUUUGCAAUUUAUGGCCGGUAUGUCCAGGACGGUGUAUUGGGGGAAUUUGAUACUUUAUGACUUGAUGUUAGUCGUCCCUUGUGUAGCCAUUACAUUGGGUACAAUAUUUUACCUGCAUAUUUACGAAGGAGCGCAUUUCCAUAAUUGGCAAUCAAUGGAACUGAUAUCGAUCAUGUGUCUACACUUCCUAUACAGUGGAUUGGAAAUCUGUUACAUCCUCAGUUGCAUCAAAAUUAAUAUGUCGUUCGUAGCAAGGAUGAUGAUUGGAAUUUUUAUCUUUACAAGCACUUUACAUUUGAUAUGGAUCGCCGUGGUUGACGGACACGCCAUUGUAUCUUUGAAUACGAUUGCUUACUACUCGCCAUUACAUACUUUUUUUACGAGCAUUGUGAGCAUUUAUCAAACUGCCAUUAUCAAUAACAAAUGUAAACUCACUCCGAAUGAAUAUCAAGUAUCCAAUUGCACGGAAUACAGAGACGACGUGUGUUGCCGUAUGCAAUGUUAUGAUGGAACAUGUAAAUAUCCAUUGCAAUAUAAAGAUUUCUACGGAAAUAAUGUACCACUUUUAAUACCCGACUUUAACUGUAUCAUUUUGCCACACUUUAUUUUCUUUACACUCAUCUUGAGUCCGAGGAAAUUUUCUUACAAAUAUUUUAGUCGUUUCUAUCCGAUAACGAUUUUGCGCAAUUAUAAAACCCCAAGUGAAUCUAUGAUUAAGGAGAAACAAGUCAUAUCUCAAAUAGUUACCGAAUUAAAGGGUGAAGAUUUUACAUUUGCAAAACAAUAUCCGCAGAAUGAUAAGCAGCUACCAAAAAAAUCGGGUAAUGCUCCACGUUCCGACGAGGAAGUAAUCGUCGUCCAUGGACUGUACAAAAGUUCGUUUACGAAACAGUUAAUUUAUGACGUUAGUUUAAGAGUUGGCAAAGGCGAAUGUUUGGGUAUUGUGAGUCCAUAUAAAGCUGGCAAAUCUACUUUACUGAAAAUGAUAGUCGGAGCUCAGACUCCUGAAGAUGGAUCGAUUUUCAUUAAGGGAAAAAAUGUUCAAGACAUGUUAAAAAAAAUGGCCUACUGCCCCCAAGAAAUCUUUUUAUACGACGAGCUUACAGUUGCAGAACAUUUCCAUAUUUUUUCAAGGCUCCGUAAAAUUCCCGAAGAAUUAGAAGCUGCUGAAACAGAAUACUGGAGCAAAUUAUUCCAAAUCAAAAAAUACUUGCAGAUCAAAGGUAGUGCUUUAACUACGAAUGUGAGAAAACGCACAAUGAUGGCACUGACCGUAAUGGGUGGCCCGGAAGUUUUGGUGCUAGACCAACCCACGGCUGGAUGCAACGCAUAUAGCAAGCGGAUCAUCUGGACCGUCAUUAAAUCGCUGAAAGCAGCCAAAUGUACGAUUUUGUUGGCUACAGACAAUUUCGAUGAAGCCGAUGUACUUUGUGAUAGAGUUUCAACGAUGAUUAAAGGACAAUUGAUGAACAAUUUAGUUCCUAGAAAUCAUUAG